GUCUUGUUACAGAACAAAUAUUUACUGGAUAUACUUAUUUCUUUCUUAUUAAAAGAGAUUUGUGAGACUUGUAUGAAAUGUUAUUUAUGUCACAGAAUAGAUAUCUCUUGAAUUAAGUUUUAGCCAUAUUAGCACGUUUUGCUUUACCUAUGUUUUCCAGAAGGUUUUUUUGUUUAAGCGGAGCAACAUCGAUCGACCCCAAAUUGCUUUAAAAUGAGGCAUUAUUGUUGUUUGUAUUUGUUUCUUGGGAGGUUUGAGCACUGUGUUACAAGUUCAAAGGCUCAGAUAACUCACCUGGUUUUGUUCAAUAUGCUUUUGGAUCUUAAUGCCAUCCCACUUGGCUUCCUUUCACUACAAAAUUGUUUGAAACUUUGAAGCAUCUUGAAAGGCAGCCCGGUGCACCUUUUAUCCCACACUUACGCAGGGUCCAGCGAUGUAGGCAGUCUACCCUAAUGCAAGCAUCCCACGGCUUGAAUCCGUGACCUAUAUGUCACACGAAGACAUCUUGAGUUGACUUGAAUUUACUUCGAGACACUCUGGUUAAUCCAAGAAAUACCAGAGAUCUAGUAGUCACUUGGAGGAGAAAUGAGGAAAUCAGAACAGGCACAAAAAAUGGAACCAGAAGAAAACAUAAAGCCACAUGCUAUAAUGAUACCAGCACCUCUUCAAGGUCACAUUGUACCAUUCACUCAUCUUGCAAUAAAUCUUGCAUCCAAAGGUCUCACCAUAACUUUUGUCAAUACACAAUCAACUCAUCAAAGGCUGAUGAAAGCUCAAUCAGUUUCUAACAGCUCUCUGGAUUAUGAUAUUUUCUCCGAGGCACGAAAAUCAGGCCUUGACAUUCGAUACACAACGAUAUGUGAUGGUUUUCCACUGAAUUUCGAUCGAGCAGGGAACCACAAUCAGUUCAUGGAAGGCUUGUUACAUGUUUUCUCAGCACAUGUGGAUGAUCUUGUGGGAAAUCUCGUCAAUUCAAACCAUAACCCUCCAGUUUCUUGCCUAAUAGCUGAUAGUUACUAUGUUUGGCCAUCAGAGAUUGCCAAGAAGUAUAAUCUUGUUAACAUAUCAUUCUGGACUGAACCAGCUCUGGCAUUCACAAGUUAUUAUCAUAUGGACCUCUUAAGAAGUAAUGGUCACUUUGGUUCUCAAGAUAACCGUGAAGACACGAUACAUUACAUACCAGGCGUUCAGGCUAUUGAACCGGGAGAUCUUCCUUCAUACAUUCAAGAUUCCGAGCCAUGGAAUAUAAUGCACCGGUACAUAUUCAAGUCACUUGAAGAUGCAAAGAAAGCAGAUAUGAUCAUCUGCAACACAGUACAAGAACUAGAGUCUUCAACAAUCUCAGCUUUACAAGAGAAGAAACCAUUCUAUGCAAUAGGACCAAUUUUCCCAAAUGGCUUCACCAAAACCGCCAUUCCAACAAACCUAUGGAUAGAAUCAGACUGCAUCCAGUGGUUAAACACCAAGCCAAAAGGUUCAGUAAUGUACAUUUCAUUUGGAAGUCUUGCAAAUAUUAGUAGACAAGAUGUUCUUGAAAUAGCUCAUGGACUUCUCCUUAGCAGUGUGAGCUUUAUUUGGGUGGUUCGUCCCGACAUCACAUGGUCCAAGGAAACUGAUCUUUCACCAUCAAGAUUUGAGGACGACGUAAAAGACAGAGGAUUAGUCGUGCCAUGGUGUAGCCAAAUCGAUGUAAUUUCACAUCCAGCUAUAGGAGGAUUCUUGACGCAUUGUGGGUGGAAUUCAGUAUUGGAGAGUAUUUGGUGCAAAGUUCCAAUGUUGUGUUUUCCUAUAUUCACUGAUCAGUUUACUAACAGAAAACUGGUGGUUAGUGAGUGGAAGGUUGGUUUUGAUCUUUGCAGUGGCAGAAUCCUCAGAAGACAGGAAAUUGCACAGAAAAUAGACUGUUUCACUUCUGAAGCCAAUGAAUUAAGGAUCAACCUAGAGGAAACAAGGAAGCAGCUCGAAGAUGCGUUAUCCGAAAAUGGAUCUUCAGGAAGAAAUUACAAACAAUUAAUCUGUGACAUCAAGUCCAAAAUUCUGCAGAAAAGCAAGAAUAACAACACAAGAUUACUUUAGUAUGGGAUGAUAUAGCAUAUUUAGGAUCUCAAAUGGCAUUACACACCUAUUUUAUUAAUGGAUUUAAACAUCUUGGUGUAAAUUGGCCAGUACCAAAUAUGUUACCUACCAUCUUUGCUAGUCACAAACCAUGUUCAGUUUAAACUUUGACAUGCAUUUAGCUUUUCAAUGAUCUGAUUGUGUACAUAAAACUCUAUUUAAUCUUUUCUCCCUUCUUAUUAUAAAACAAUCAUAAAUGCAUUCCUUUGA